AACUUCUCUGCUAAUUAAUCAGCUAAGAAAGAACAUAGAGAAAAUGGUGAAAACACCUUAUGUUGAUAAAAAUGGCAUCAGAAAAGGCACAUGGAGUGCUGAGGAAGAUGAAAAGCUCAAAGCUUAUAUCAUCAAUCAUGGCUACUUGAAUUGGCGUCAACUCCCCAAGCUUGCAGGAUUAUCGAGAUGCGGUAAGAGUUGCAGACUCAGAUGGAUGAAUUAUUUGAGACCCGACGUUAAAAGAGGCAACUUUAGUAAAGAAGAGGAGAAUAUCAUAGUCAAAUUGCAUGAAUCACUUGGGAACAGAUGGUCCGUGAUUGCUGCACAAUUACCGGGUAGAACUGAUAAUGAAGUAAAGAAUCAAUGGCAUUCUUUUUUGAAGAAACGCGCAACGAAAAGGUCAUUAGACCAUAACCAAGACGACGAUCAUAUGCCGAAACGCAAAAGACGUGUUCACCAAAUAAAAAAGUCUAAAUCAUCACCUUUAGAAGUAGGGGAGGGUAGUUUUGCGUCAACAGAUUUCGUGGUUCAUGGAAUACUCGAGAGUUCUGACUUGUCGAAUGUUUCGACAUCGUUCAAUGAACCUUGCAUCUCGAAUGAGUCGACAAUGGGGACGUACUCGAAUGUGACAGAAGUUGACCCUAUUAUGAGCAUGUUUGCAAAUGGAAAUGAUGUUUUUCCUCAUGAAAUGUUGGAUGAAUCGUACGGAGAUCUUUGGAUGGAACCCUUUUUAGCAACAAAUUCGGAAAGCAACUCGGAUCUUUCUUUGGUUACAGAUUGGGAGUAUUUAUUUCAUGAUCCAUUGCCGGAUUUUGAAGACGAAUUUCAUGUCUCUUUAUGGUAAGUUUUCUGGGAGAGGGUCCAAAUUGUGGUAUAGAAAAUUACCUCCCAAGUUUGUUGUGUUUGAAAACAUGACCUUUUGAGUGAGUGUGUUUGGAGUGUCUUACAUGAAUUAGUUCAUGUGAAAAAUGUCACCCAGAUUACUUUAUGUAUUAACUGUGGUGAAACAAUUUUAUUUUUACCUUU